AAGCUAUACAGCCAGACGUCUCUACUUCUUGACAUCAAUCCAAGAGAACUCGUUGUCACCAGCUGAGAGUUGUAAAUCAACAAACUAUCGAAGAGGGAUAGUGAUUAGUGAAAAACGACAUUUUGGCUCCAUUACAUAUCAAGACGCGAAGGUAACCAGAAGUUACAUCCUCAGUUGUUUUGUCCGCACAUGAUACAACUCGAUUUGGAUCUUUCUAUUUCUAUCUCAGGUUUAAGUAGAGUUAGAUACUUAGAUUCAAUCUCUCUCUCUCUCUGAAGAAAAUGGGGGAAAAACUCUUAUGGGUUCCAACCAUUGUGGCACAAGUGAGUCUCUGCUUUGGUCUCUACCUUGCUUUUCAACUGUGUCAGCCUCACAACUCUAUCUACUAUCAUAGAAGAAGAGAAAGCAAGGAUCUUUACUUCAUCAGCGUCAGAGGAGGCUUUAGACCUCUCAAGCAACAGACCCAUCUUCUCAAACAGAUGGAGAAGGUGACAAAGAUGUACAAGGCAAGGUUUGUGGUAGACAUCAGUGAUCUUGGGAAGGAUGAUCCACUCAUGCAGAAUGCUAGCCUGCAUUUCUCAUCGGUGAAGGUUCCUUGGUAUACUACUACAGUUUCAGGCGGAUAUGGAGGGGGAUACUUCCAGAUGCAGAUAAGACUACCUUACAGCAAAACCUUAGACCUCAUUGGUGUGGAUACUGGGUCAAUAGAGGGGAAGGUUUUUAUCUCGGAAUCAUCAAGUCAGUUUGGAUACAAUCAAUUACAUUGGCUGACCAGAACACUAGAGGCAACCAGUAGUGACUGGCGCAUAGUAGUUGGAUUCCACCCAUUGGCUAAAUGCGAAGAUGGUGAAGAGGGAACGGAAGCAAAAAAUGUCUUUGAGUCUCUACACCACACAUUUAUGAAACAUGAAGUGAAUGCGUAUAUAAGUGGACAAGGUUGCACUAGCAAUGUCCAACAAGGUCGCCUGAGCUACAUUGGGAACCCGGGCUCAACAAAUGCACUAGCUUCUGUAAACGGAAGAUCAAUAUCUAGAAAAGAGUCGGAGGUCGCGUUUCUUCUUCAUAGAAUCAGCUCGCUAGAAAUCGUAACCUACUUUGUUAGCUCGAGUGGGGAAGCAGUGCAUAAAUCUGUUCUCCAUCAGAAGGGUAGAGCAGCCAUGUAAAUUGCAUUCAAUGAGGACCAAAAUCUACCCAAUUCUUUCAAGCCAUGGAUAACAAGCUCAGCCCACCACCAUUCUUUCUUGCGUAAUAUUUUGUUUUUACCUCAUCAGUAUUGAUAUAAACAAGAGCAGAUGAUCCUCAUUGCUUUGAAGCAAAUGCCUUUCUUAGAAGAAAAAAGUUCAUGUUAUGUUUACUUUUACAGUUUUACACGCGUCAUUUCUGCUUUUAUCUUGCAUAAAACAAUGAAAUGACGGAAAAGCCACCAGAGAGUCGGUGUGGGGCUAUAAAUAUGUAGCUAUCCCCAAAAAUUAGGGUUUCAUUCACACUCCGAUCUGACGAACGAGGCUCCGCCGCUGAUCUCUUUCAUUGUCGGAGCCGAUGAGUUCCUGCCCCACUUCUCUCUCUCUCUCUCUCUGUAAUGUGUAUGUGUGUGUGUGUAUAUAUGUAUCUCUCUCUCUCUCUCUCUCUAAACCCUAAACCCUAAACCCAACGAGGCUGUGACGAUGAUGCAUUCGGAGUGUGGAAGUAGGGGCAUUGCGGUUUAGGGGGUGCGGCGCUUGUUCUGGCGAGGCGACCCCGGAUGGCCGGUGAGAAAUGACGCUUUUGUCCUUCUUCGCCGGCAACCGUGUUGUGGUUGCAGCCACGGCGGCUCCCCCCUCUGCCGCUGUCUGAUCUAUAAGUGCUGAUCUGAGCCUCCCAUCCGUUGUCAUUAA